GGUUGUUUUUAUUUCUCUGGCUGAUAAAGGUUUGAAGCUGAAAAAGCAACUGAGCUUCUGAGAUUGGGUCUCUGGAGAAGGUGCAGAGAAUGAGUAGGGAAGGUGAGGGAGAGGGUGCAGGGAGGGGGCGGCCUGUGCCCAGGGCAUGCCUCUCCCUGGGCUCGCUGUGUGGCUGCUGAAUGGGACCUGCCGAGUCCUGCCCACCUGGCUGCCUUAGCUUCCUGCCUCUCCCUUUUUUCCCCACUAAAUCUGGCCACAGAGGACCAGCCCCUGACAUAGCACCUUGCCCUCUGCCAUCCUGGCUACAGCCGUGGGCCGCUGUAAGUGUGGACCUUUGUGUACAAGAGAGAGUAUCAUGGUGGCCUUCAAAGGGGUCUGGACACAAACUUUCUGGAAGGCAGUCACCGCGGAAUUUCUGGCCAUGCUUAUUUUUGUCCUACUUAGCCUGGGAUCCACCAUCAACUGGGGUGGAGCAGAAAAGCCAUUACCUGUCGACAUGGUUCUCAUCUCCCUCUGCUUUGGACUCAGCAUCGCGACUAUGGUCCAGUGCUUUGGCCACAUCAGUGGUGGCCACAUCAACCCCGCUGUGACGGUGGCCAUGGUGUGCACCAGGAGGAUUAGCAUCGCCAAGUCUGUCUUCUACAUUGCAGCUCAGUGCCUGGGCGCCAUCAUUGGAGCUGGAAUUCUCUACCUGGUCACGCCUCCCAGUGUGGUGGGGGGCCUCGGAGUCACCACGGUUCACGGAAAUCUUAGCGCUGGACACGGUCUCCUGGUGGAGUUGAUAAUCACAUUUCAGUUGGUGUUUACUAUUUUUGCCAGCUGUGAUUCCAAACGGACUGAUGUCACCGGUUCCAUAGCUUUAGCCAUUGGCAUCUCUGUUGCAAUUGGACAUUUAUUUGCAAUCAAUUACACUGGUGCCAGCAUGAACCCCGCCCGAUCCUUUGGACCUGCAGUUAUCAUGGGAAAUUGGGAAAACCACUGGAUAUAUUGGGUUGGACCAAUCAUAGGAGCUGUCCUCGCUGGUGGCCUUUAUGAGUAUGUCUUCUGUCCAGAUGUUGAACUCAAACGUCGAUUUAAAGAAGCCUUCAGCAAAGCUGCCCAGCAAACAAAAGGGAGCUACAUGGAGGUGGAAGACAACAGGAGUCAGGUAGAGACCGACGACUUGAUUCUAAAACCCGGAGUGGUACACGUGAUCGACAUUGACCGGGGUGAGGAGAAGAAAGGGAAAGACCCAUCUGGAGAGGUGUUGUCUUCAGUAUGACUAGGAGACAGCACUGAAAGCAGACAAGAGCCCUUAGAACUGUCCUCAGAUUUCCUUCCACCCAUUAAGGAAACAGAUUUGUUAUAAAUUAGACAUGUGCAGGUUUGUUGUUUCAUGUCAUAUUACUCAGUCUAGACAGUAAAUAUUUCAUUAUUUACCAAGGAGGACUGGAAGAAACCUAUCAUGAAUUUCAAAUCUAAAAAAAGAAAAAAAUCUUUUUUUUUGAAGUAUCCCGAAAGCAAAUGUGUAUCUAAUUUAUCUAUUUGACAUUCAUUGAUAAUCAAUUUAAAAUGCUAUCAAGAUUUUGUUAAGGCUUGCCUGACAUAUCUAUCACACAGACAUAACCUAUCAGCUUAUUUCCUCUUCCUUAUAACUGGUAUUGUCAAUCCUCAUCUGAGUAUUUAUUCUUUUAAAUCAAGUUUGCCAAUGGCAAAAUACAGAGUAUGUCACAGAGUCUUGCACGUUCAAGAAAGAAAAUAUAACAAACUCUUUUACACGCAAUCCCUUAUGCUUAAACUACCUCGGCAAAUGAAUAUUAAUGAGUCAUUGCUAAUGAGUUGUUUUCAUUUAUGUUUCAAAUACCCAACUUUCAACCCAAACUUCAGCUCGUAAUAUUUCUUCCUCCUCCUCACUGUCUCUAGGGUAAAUAUGGACCUAAAGCCCAGAAAUUUGAAUAAUGUUCACAAAUUCUUUAUGUUAUUUCACAUAAUAAAACAUCCACAUCAUAAAGCACCUAUUGAGACUCAGGACAAACAGACCUGAAAGAUUGUAUGGGGGUGGGUGGAAAUGUACCAUCAUACAAAAAUCAUAUGGAAAAAGGCAAUCUGUAUCAUGGUUUCAGAUAGUUGAUCUGUUUUCAGUGCACAUCCUCAAAGACACCACAAGAGGUUAACAAUCUAAACUUUUAACCACUUAACCAUUUGCUUAUUCUUUUUUAAUUUAUUGGCAAAACUGGGGGUUUUGUUUGUUUGUAAUUUUGGUUAACUGUACUUAAACAUUAGCUGAGACAUAUUUUUGAUAACAAGAACAUAACUAGUUGAGUUCUGAGUUUUUGUUAAUUAUUAAGCUUUGCUCGUUCUAGAAGGUGUACACACUGGUCCUGCCAGCCCCAAUCGCUGCUACCCUCCCACUUCUCAUGACAUUUAUUGAUAAUCUUCAUUGUGCAUUUGUUGAUCAUCUUCAUUGUACGUGUAAUGAUAUUUUAAUGAAGUAAAAUGCACAAGGGACAAGGAACAACAAGACUGCAAAAUAAAAGGGUGAGAACAUCAAAAUCCUCUGUAUUCCAAGCUGACUAGGUGACAAUCUUUCAUUUGUAGAGAUAUUGUAUGUAACCCAAUGUGGUUUUUAAGUAUUUUCAUUAUUGACUCAUUUGUUUGUCAAAAUAACUUGUUUUGGUUUUUUUUUUCCGUACGCUUUGCCUUAUGUCGGUAAAAUUGUCUCUAGAAAUGCCAGUUGCUGUCAUCUAAACCCCAGUCUGUUCUAGCCUUUGUUUUAGACAAAGAGCUGCAAAAGUCGAUUUCACUGAACAAAAGCUAAUAGUAAAGCAAAAACCUAUCACUGCAAAGAGUGGCUUGUAAAUAGCUGAUAAUCAAGGGCUUUCUUCUCCCACACACAGUUCCAACUGCGUGUCACUUUUCAGUGUUAAGGGCAGUUGUGUGUCUGUUGCAGUGAGAUAGUGGACCACUAUUAAAUCUGAUUCUCUUCGGUGCUAGGAAAGGAAUGCAUAAGGUUCCAAGAGAGACAUCACACCAGAGGAGUCCCCAGAAGUCCCAUUGUCAUCUUUUUGGCAGGUGCCUAAAUCCCAGGUCCCUUUGGUGGCCAUCCAUACCCUCCAUCACUGAGGCACACUGCUUCCUGCUUGGGACAGCAUCUAAAGGAACUAGGGUGUAUUUCUAAGGAUGGUUUAUGCCCAUCUUGUCAAGUAUUUGCUCAAUAUAUCAUUAAAGGCUUAAAACUGGGAGUGGUUUAGCUCAAAAGAUAAUGCCAUCAACCACAGGCAAACAUGCCAGUUCAAAAAUAAGUUAGGUUAGCAUGGGAAAGGGUCUUCCCUGGUGGCUCAGAUGAUAAAGAAUUUGCUUGCAAUGCGGGAGACACAGGUUUGAUCCCUGGGUCAGGAAGAUCCCUUGGAGAAGAGAAUGGCAACCCACUCCAGUAUUCUGGCCUGGAGAAUUCCAUGGACAGAGGAGCCUGACCGGCUACAGUCCAUGGGGUCGCAAAGAGUUGGACACAACUGAGCAACUAACACACACAUCAAGGGAAAAAAGGAAACAUUUUUUGAAUACACUUAAAGUUUACUGGUGUAGGAGCAUUUUUAUUCAGCCAUAUGGUUUACUUCUUAUGCAGUCAAUUUUACACUUACUUCCAGUUAGAGCAUUUGAUAAGUUAUCACUGGAAAAGAAAAACCCUCAUAUUUUGGUCAUCUGUUUUCCAGCAACAAGCAGAGUACCUGGCAGAUAGUAGGUAUUCAAAACAAGUGUGUUAGUUGAGAAAAUAUAUAUAUACAUUUCAUUUGUGAUUUAAGGAUAUAAUUUUCUUUUCAUCUUUAUUUUGUUCAAUAUUUAAUAGAAGUGUGAGUUCAAGGACUACUAAGGGAAGGCCAUAUAAAUGUAAGAACCAUAGAAUAUAUUUUUGCCUUCUACUAUUUUAGGGGCAUGCAGCAAAUGAAAGCUUUUGCACUUUCCUUUCCCCGCAUAUGAGACAACAUAUUUUGUAUUUCACUCAAGGCUCUACCAGUAAAAAGUAAUGAAAUUGUACCUUUCUAAUGACAUCUAUGCAGCAGGGGUCUUUUGCCUUGUGGAUGACACCAAAUUAUCCAAGUGUAUUAAGAGACUGGGGCUUUUUCCUUUAAUCCCUUCUUAUUAAUGAAGUGCAUCGUGCUGCUCCCAGGAGAGUGCUGCUGACAGAUAUACAGAAAAGAGAUCAGAGAGAAAAAACUGGAAGGACAUAAACGAAUUAUACCCAGCCAGGAAACGAUGCCAGUCGCCUCUUCCCUAAGGAAAAGUACAACAAGCACCCCCCCCCCAAUUGUAAGGUGGUCCCUACAUUGCAAAUGUAUAUAGUUUGUCAAAGGAGUACAAAGGGUAAGAGUUAUUUUUUAAGUUUUCAGGGCUUUCUUUAAAAUUGAGGGUCCAGAGUUUGAAAGUAUGUUUUCACUGUAGAAGAUGACAUUUUCUUUAAAGAGUUCUCAACUUUUAUACUGGAAGGAAGUAUUUUCUGGUAUCUAAAUAGUUGCUUAAAUGUAAGAUUCCUACACUUCAUUUCUGCCAUUUGAUGUUUUUCAUAUAUUCUUAUACUUUCCCUCUUUUGAUCUUUUUCCUGAUGCAGUUGGUAGGUGCUGGCUCAGUCUUGGAGAUUUUACAAGAUUAGAAAUAUUUUGCUAACAUGCUUCCCUGGUGGCUCAGAUGGUAAAGAAUCCACCUGCAUUGCAGAAGGCUUCGAUCCCUGAGCUGGAAAGAUCCCCUGGAGGAGGGCACGGCAACCCACUCCAGUAUUCUUGCUUGGAGAAUCCCAUGGACAGAGGAGCCUGGUGGGCUGCAGUCCCUGGGGUUGCAAAGAGUCGGACACAACUGAGCGACUAGGCACAGCACACAGCACAUGACAGAAUUAAGCUAAUUAUUAGAGGUCUGAUUCCAGAUAGCACAGAAUACUCUUCUUAGACCAUGAAGCCAGGCCACUCACUUACUGGUUUAAACUCCAUAAUGAACCAAAAAUUUCCAAAAUAGAACAGCACAUUCAAAUACUAGAAUUGAUCCCAGUGAAGCUCUCGGUUGCAGCCUGUUGACACUGUUCCCACAUGCUGUGACCAUUUGACAGAUAAGUUGCCUUUGUGACAGCUGAGAAUGACAAGGCGAGCCCAACAGACCAACUUAUCAGACAAGAGAAAGCUGAUAUAAAUUCUCAUCAUAAGCACUAUAGAAUAUGCAAACUCAGGCUAUUUUAUACCUGAAAGUCAUUCUGUCUUUCCCAAUAUGUUGAUGGCAUCAAAAUUAUUAGAAAAGUGUUGUUUACUCUCUGGAAAGUGUAAUGUAACAAAACUCACUCUUUUUACCCCAAAUUGUGUACAUUUGCAUUGCUUCCGUAGUACUUUACAGAUCACCCCAAAACAGAUAUAACUUUUGAAACCCUCUUCCCUAAAAUACAUGCAAAAUAUUUAAUCCAGGGCUUUAAAACUGUGGCUACUCACUUUGGCAAAUGACAAUAACCUAUGAAAAUACAAAUCAAAUAAAUGUUAUGCAACAUGUAUGAUAAACAUUAAACUUAAAAGCAGUUAUAGCAUUACCUAUGCAUGUUAAAAUCCAAGAGCUAAAAAAUACACUGAAUUUAUAUAACCCAUCAGAAUGUAUUUCUAGAUUCUCUUCAGGAUUAAUUAAAUAAACAUGCAAUUUAUAAAACUAUAUAAACAAUUGUUUAUCACUUUUAUGACUCAAAUCACAAUAAAAUUGUAAUUCAUGAUAAACUGGUGAGAAUAAGCUGAACAUAUGGUUAUAUUCACAAUUAUUCAUUAAUUGAAAUGUUAUUCCAGUGUUAGAGCUAAUGUUAAGGAGAUUGAAACUGUAAUGUCUAAUAUUUGGAAUAAUCUAUUAAAGUGUUAGCACUGUGGUUGAUUUCCAUGAAUUAUGUUGAUCUCAUAUUACUAAGCUUGUGCAAAUAAAGUGUUUAAUAUUUUAAAAGGUAA